GGACACUGAGUGAACAACGUCUGUAUUUGCAUGGUGAAUUAACAUGGUUAAAAUCAAACGGUAACAACAAAGAGAAGAAUUCUUCCAAAGGACUUCAAGAACUUUCUACCUCUACUUUUAGCUACAAGAUCCACCAACAGAAUGGAGUUCACAUGUGACCAGUGUGGAAAGGUGUGUCCAAAUGCUUCCGGACUGAAAAUACACUACAGAAUCCACACAGGAGAAAGACCAUACAGCUGUGAUCAGUGUGGGAAUGAAUUUACACAGUCUUCUUCACUCAAAGCACAUAUGAGAAUCCACACACGAGAGAGACCGUACAGAUGUGAUGUUUGUGAAAAGACAUUUUCAGAGUCAAGCAACCUUGUAUCACAUAUGAGAGUCCACACUGGAGAGAGACCAUAUGAGUGUGACCAGUGUGGGAAGAAAUUUAAACAGUCUGGUGCACUCACAGCACAUAUGACAAUCCACACUGGGGAGAAAUCAUACAGAUGUGAAGUUUGUGAAAAGACAUUUUCACGGUUGGGCAACCUUGUAUCACAUAUGAGAGUCCACACUGGAGAGAGACCAUACAGAUGUGAAGUUUGCGAAAAGACAUUUUCAGAGUCGGGCAGCCUUGUAUCACAUAUGAGAGUCCACACUGGAGAGAGACCAUAUGAGUGUGACCAGUGUGGGAAGAAAUUUAAACAGUCUGGUGCACUCAAAGCACAUAUGACAAUCCACACAGGGGAGAAAUCAUACAGAUGUGAAGUUUGUGACAAGACAUUUUCAUGUUUGGGCAGCCUUGUAUCACAUAUGAGAGUCCACACUGGAGAAAAACCAUACAGAUGUGAAGUUUGUGACAAGACAUUUUCAUGGUUGGGCAGCCUUGUAUCACAUAUGAGAGUCCACACUGGAGAAAAACCAUACAGAUGUGAAGUUUGUGACAAGACAUUUUCACGGUCGGACAGCCUUGUAUCACAUAUGAGAGUCCACACUGGAGAAAAACCAUACAGAUGUGAAGUUUGUGACAAGACAUUUUCACGGUCGGACAGCCUUGUAUCACAUAUGAGAGUUCACACUGGAGAAAAACCAUACAGCUGUGAUCAGUGUGGGAAGGAAUUUAGACACUCUUCUGCCCUCCAUCACCAUAUGAGAGUCCACACACGAGAGAGACCAUACAGAUGUGAAGUUUGUGAAAAGACAUUUUCAGAGUCAAGCAACCUUGUAUCACAUAUGAGAGUCCACACUGGAGAGAGACCGUAUGAGUGUGACCAGUGUGGGAAGAAAUUUAAACAGUCUGGUGCACUCAAAGCACAUAUGACAAUCCAUACAAGGGAGAAAUCAUACAGAUGUAAAGUUUGUGACAAGACAUUUUCACGGUCGGACAGCCUUGUAUCACAUAUGAGAGUCCACACUGGAGAGAGACCAUAAGCUUUCACUCAAUUAUCCCAUCUCAAUAAACAAAUGAGAAUUCACUUCAAACACAGACUAUAUGAGUGUGACCAGUGUGAAAAGGCUUUUAGAACAUCCCAGGAGCUCUCCACUCACUACAGAACGCACACAGGAGACGAAUCAGACGACUGUGAACAAAAGGGGAAGGUUUUCAGGUCUGCGAGGAACCGUCUGAAACAUGUCCAAAUGUUCCAGACUGAAGAGAAAAGCUGCAGCUCUGACCAGUGUGGGACGACUUUGAGACAAGCUGCUCAUCUGAAGCUGCACCGUCUUGAACACACUAAAGGAGAAAGAGCUGCUGAGGCCGGAUCAAGUGAACCUAAAGUCAGACUCAAAAAGCUGGAGAUCAGGCUUCAGAGACUCCAGACUGUGGAGUUGAGUUCUGUGUGGUGUCAAAAAUAAACAUAAUUUUUAAGCUUGUAAU